AUGGGAGAACAUUCCAUUGUCAGACGGGCAUGUUCCAGAAAGGUGUGCCGAUGCUGGGCAUUGUGCCAUUGCGUGGAACCAUGCAGCCUGGGCCCUGGACCGAGGACAUGCAUGCAUGCACGACGGAGGAGAAUGCCGGGUUCCCUGCCCGCACACAGCACACGACAGCAGCAACCCGGAGUAGGAUUAUGUGCUCGGGCUGAACAUUAUUGGGAGCGGAGGGAAUUGAAAACCGCACCGCUGCUUCCCCCAUCCCUCACGCUCAUAGCCGGGCGCACCCUUGCGCUCCAGGGUGGAGGCGCGGCAGGCCGUCCGGCUGGGAGCCUGAGCGACCAGGCGUGCCUGGUGAGGCCGGGACGCCAGGCGCUGGAUGCCACGCUGGGCCGGCGCACCCUGUGGGCGAGCCGCGCUGGCGCCGAGCUGGGCGAAGGCGACGCCCUGCAUUGUUGCCGGGAGCUGGGCUCGGGAGGAGGGAGGUGCGGGCAGGAUUGGGACCGAGGGUCCCGGGGAUGGGUUGUGAGCUGGACGCCGAAUGCUGACCUUCCGCCCUCCAAUCCAGUGCCACGUUCAAGAGCGCCUGUCGGAUUGGUUGGGCAGAAGCGUUCUGGCGCCUGGACUUGA